UAAGCAGUUUAUGAAGAAACACUAUCAGGCAUACUUCGGGGUUGUAGCUAAGGAUGAGACGGACCUGCCAGCGUCAGAGUACUUUCGGUUUUUAAAAUUCUGGGAAGUAACGGUUAUUACCUCUGAUAUAUUGACUUUAUACGGUACAGUCUGGAUAGUGUUUAAUACAGUGCAAAGUGAGUUUGUGCUCGAGUUGCUAGAUUCCUACACCGUAUGGUUAGGAGUCGGCUGUAUAUUAGCGUGGCUAAGUUUGCUGAGGUUCUUCAAGUUUCAUAAUAAAUUCCAUCUGCUAUUUAAUACACUAUACAGAGCAUUUUGGGAUGUGAUUGCCUACCUUUUUUGUGUAGGUGUGCUAUUUGUCGGGUUCUGGGUUGGUGGAUAUGUCGUCAUGGCGCCGUACCAUGUCAAGUUCAAAACCCCGACAGCAGCAGCGGAGACGCUGUUUUCUGUUGUUAACGGCGACGAGAUAUACGCUACCCUAGCAAUACUGGAGUCGGAUAAGAGCGGGGGUAACUGGGUGUGGUGGUUUUCAAGGUUCUAUCUCGGAUCAUAUGUUGCUAUAUUUACUAUAGUUGGCAUUAACCUCCUUAUAUCUCUUUUCAAUAGCGCCUAUGAUUCUAUAAGGAAGUAUUAUGACGACAAACCGGAUGAACGAACAUUGGGUCGGUUAGAGAAAGCUUUGCGUCGAGUUAUAGUUCAAGACGGUGAGGGAAACAAUCUGCGGAGCUCGAUUUAUGACCUUAUGAAUGACAGUUUACCCCUAACACCAGAAAUAAAAUCUCUGAAAACUGAACUUUCAAAAAUUGUUCGCGUUUUUAAAACCGAGAAUGACCUCGUGCUUCUGAAACCGAGGACUCUGAAAGUGUUUAUGGAAGAUGAAGAGCACCAAAUGAAGAAAUAUAAAUGCGGGUUUGUGAGCUGCUCCUUCACGUUUUUUGCAACCGAUGACCAGAUUACAAAAGACGAUGUCUGAACAGAAACAGAAAGACGAUCGUUAACAAGCAGACAGUUACACAUACUAUGAUCGAUGAUAAGAUAACAAUGAUAUUGACAUUCAUCUACAUUUAGUCUUUCCUUACAGUUAUUGUUGUAAAACUAAUAAAUAUACCUUUUUAUCAUAACCUAACAAAAAAACAAUGUGAUUAUAUAAAUCAUAUUCAUAUGCGGUAACUAACAUCGUAAUUACCAAUUUAACAAGAAGUAUGAUUAUCAUUAUGCCCCCACAAAGUGGCAGCAUAUAGCGUUGCAUUUGUCCGUCCGUCUGUCCGUCCGUACGUCUUCGGUCCGUCCGUCUGUACAUAAGUCCUGAAAUCUUGUGAACGCAACUCCUCUUAAACCGGAUGACAGAUUUUGCUUAAACUUCCAGGGAUGAACAACCUUACUGUGUAGAUGAUAGUAAAGGAAGAAAUUGUCGUUGCGACCAAAUUUAAGAGAAUUAUGGUCCUUUGUUGAUUUUUUUUUCACUAUAUACUAUGUAGAAAUUUUGUGAACGCAACUCCUCUUAAACCGGAUGGCAGAUUUUGCUUAAACUUCCAAGGAUGAACAACCUUAAUGUGUAGAUGGUAGUAAAUUAAGGAAGUUUUGCUGCGACCAAAUUUAAAAGAAUUAUUGCCCUUUGAUGAUUUUUUAACCAUAUACGAUGUAGAAAUUUUGUGAACGCAACUCCUCUUAAACCAGAUGGCAUAUUUUGCUUAAACUUCCAGGGAUGAACAGCCUGAAUGUGUAGAUAGUAGUAAAGGAAGGAAUUUUUGCUGUGACCAAAUUUAACUGAAUUAUGGCCCUUUGUUGGUUUUUAGUUUUCAACUUGAGGCACAUGCAGUCCAAAUAAUAUUUGACCUAGAGUCAUAUGAUUGACAGAACAGUGGCGUGUGGGGGCAUCCGUGUCCUAUGGACAUAUUUCUAGUUUUUCAUUUGUUUUCGGAGGAUUAAUGUAAGAGUUGUUAUAAAUAAUUAUUGGGUAAAUUAUUAUCCAGAUUUAAUAAACCGCUUUCUAAUAACGUGUU